GGGCAGCCCCACGGUGUGGCCACGGCCCGGGGAGCGGGGCCAGCCGGAGAACAGCACCGAGUGCCGGAGCGGUUACGUGCGGCACAACAGCUCCUGCCGCUCUGUCUGCGACCUCGUCCCCAGCUACUGUCACAAUGGCGGCCCGGGCUACCCGGUGGAGAGCCAUGGAGCCUUCUGCCGGUGCAACACGCAGGACUACACGUGGCACAAGGGCACGCGUUGCGAGGCCAUUGUCACUGACUUCCAAGUGAUGUGUGUGGCCGUGGGCUCAGCUGCCCUUGUGGUGCUGCUGCUCUUCAUGCUCACCGUCUUCUUCGCCAAGAAGCUCUACCUGCUCAAGACGGAGAACAGCAAACUGCGCAAGACCAAAUACCGCACCCCGUCUGAGCUGCACAAUGACAACUUCUCCCUCUCCACCAUCGCCGAGGGCUCCCACCCAAACGAUGAUCCCAGUGCUCCCCACAAGCUGCAGGACUCCCUGAAGUCCUGCCUGAAGGACGAGGAGCCAUUUAACAUCAAAAAAGACCCAUUAAACAUCCACAUCUCAACGUCGCCCAAGCACGACGGCAGCAGCGGCAAAGGGGAGCAGGACAGCAGCGAGCUCAACUGUCUGCAGAACAACUUGACGUGA